AUGGAUGCGCAGGUAGAAAAGUUUGUGAAAAGUUGCAGAGGAUGUACAUUGGUGAGUGCUCCAGAACCUCCAGAACCGUUACAACGGAGCAAACUACCGAGUUCUCCGUGGCACACGAUUGCAUUGGAUUUUUUCGGUCCUUUGCCGGAAGGGCAACACCUCAUGGUUGUAAUAGACUACUAUAGCCGUUUCAUGGAGGUUUGCGAAAUGGAGACGAUAACGGCGUACGAUACUCAUGAACACAAUCCCUUACUGGCCACAAUCGGUGAGGUGAACGGUGAGGUUGAGCGACAAAACCGUUCGAUCGUCAAGCGUCUUCGUAUUGCUCAACAACUUGGACAGGAUUGGCGCCAUGAGUUAUAUCUGUACUUACUGACCUAUCAUUCAUCCAAGCAUCCUACAACAGGAGAAUCGCCGGGUGAACUUAUGUUCGGUCGUCGCAUUAAAAGUAAGUUACCAGUCAUCUCGUCUUUUCAAGAAGAUGCGGAGGCUAGAGAUAGAGAUGCGGUAGUUAAGGAGAAAGGAAAAGAAUAUACCGAUAGACGGCGCGGAGCAAAAGAGAGUGAUUUGGAACAGGGCGAUCAUGUGUUGGUUAAAAGGAUGCGUAAAUCUAGCAAACUCGAUGCGGACUACAAUAGCGAAGAGUUUGUUAUUUGUAGAAAGACUGGGACAGAUUCAAUCAUACAGUCAAGGGAUACCGGUAAGCUAUACAGACGAAGCUCUGCUCACCUUAAGAAAAUCAGAAAUCGACACGAAACACCUGAAGACGGAGAAAUAGAACAGGACAAUCUAGAUUCGUCUAUGGAGGCAAAUUUCCCUUCAACUGAACCUAUUAAAGACCCGGAAUCGGUUCAAUCGUUGUCAGGUGUAACCAAGCGUAUUAGACUACCUCCAGCAAAGUACGCUGACUAUGCACCACAUUAA